AUGGCGCAAGUGGCCGCCUUACUGGUCCUGCUACUCCUGUGGGUGGCCUGGACGCACGCAGCGCCUCCUCCUGCGCCGGCUUCGACCAGGCCACGUCGCGGUGCCCUGGAGGAACUACGGUCUUCGAUCCGGUGGGAGUACGGUGGCUGGAGGCCCAUCAUGCCCGGAAGCCCCUUCUUCUUCGUCAAGACGAGUCGGGCCGUGCCGCUGGACAGCAUCGCGUCGGCGUCGGCCCUGACACCGGUCAGGCUGCCGGCUAAGGAGGGCACCAGCGAGGACUCCAAGGAAGACCUCAAGGCGGAGGCAUCCAGCGCGUCGGAACGAGUCGCUUCCGAGUCCGUCUCCCUCGCGCGCCACGUCCCUGUGGGCCUGCCUCCUGUGGGCGGCAUCCCAGGCUGCUGCGACUUUCAGCCGGUGCUGUACGUCAAGUCGCAACCGGGCCCCGUCGUACUCGGGCAGAGCUCCAACGCUGCCGCUUACCUGGCCAGACCGGAGUCCAACAUGGCUGACGAUGACAGCAGCUACCAGAAGGACGACGAGAAGGCGGGCUUUCAAGAGGACCUCAAGCCGAGCAGUUCACAGAUCGUGCACGGCAGCCCCAUCGGCGACGAACGACCGCAGCUUCCCCACCAACUGCUCCAGGAUAUUCCGGACGGCGCUGCCCACGGGCUCGCUCAGAUGGGUCCAUUGGUACACUCGGGAACGGCCCUGGAGAACGUGCUCAGCAAACUGCCGGAGUCCAUCCAUCCUGUGCUUCAGGGACAGGGAGAGCACAUCAUGUCCGCGCUGUCGGGACUCGAUGGAAGCCUACAACCGAGCAACAUGGAGCAGUUGCUACAACACGUACACGCGUCUGGCGGUGUCGUACCCGACGUGGAACGCCUAAUCGCUAGCGUCAUGAGCGCUCAUCACGGAGGAAAACACGGAGGUCAAGGAGGCCACCAAGGGUACGGUGGCUUUGACGGACAAGAACAACAGGGGCCCCAUGACAACCAUCCAACGGCGCCUCCAUUCCACCCUCGGCCCGACAAGAACAUCUUCCGCUGGUACCCAAAACCCAGGGCAAAGAGUCAGCCUACAUCCAAGCCUCCGACAUACAAGGAAACGCCCAAGAGACCGUCGUUACAUCAGCAGCAUCUGGAAGAGCAGCGGCAGCGUCACGCUCAUCAGCAAGUUAUGGGAGCUUCUCCGCUUCACAUGGCUCUUGUGCAAGGCCCUCUUCAUUCAAUGAUGCUUCACAAUCAUCUUCAGCAGCUGGAGGCACCCCCGCUGGCACAUCAUUACGGUGUGCUAGACGGUGACGUGCUGCAAGCAGACACUCAACACCACUUCGUAACCGCGAGGCCGUACGAAUCACAUCACCAAGAACAGCAUCAGCAGCAACAUCAACAGCAGCCUCAUCACCAAGAUCAGCAACAGCACCAACAACUCCAGUUUCCUCGAAUUCAAGAGCACACAAUCAACGCAGAGAUAGUAAGGGGCAGGCCGCAGGAGGACUACGACCCACGACAACCGCCACGAAUCCACGUCGAGGACGUUCCGGCAGACGUACUUGCCACCGGCAUUCAUCCCAACGGUCACCCGAUCCGCGUGGAUGGCAUCAAUCUCAACAUCAUCGCUCCGUCGCACCCCGAUCCCGCUCAAUCCCGGUUUCCCUCCCGACGACCCGAGCCACCACGACCGCCACCUCCACCGCCUCAGCCGUUCUUCACGCAUUUCCACAGGCCCGAGGACGUGGCGAGCGCUCCUUUCUUCCAAGACCACAACCAAAAGAAUAAACAGGAUCAGAAGGAACGCGACCCGGAGUCCCAGGACAGCAAGAAGCACUUCCAUGGACAGCUUCCCGAUCCGCAGAAGUUGGUACAGAGCAAGCAGGAACCGAACGACCGAGAGCAAGCAUCAGGUUCCCAGCAUGAGGAUGCUGAAUAUGAGCAGGAAGCCGAGGACAGUGCUGAGACACCGGCUGCUCAGUCGGCUGAAGGGAGUCAAGCGGAAAGCGAGGAGGUGCAGCAGGAACGCCCGAAGGAAAAGAAAGGUCAAAGAGGUGCGAUCCAUUUCCACCCUAUCCAGACGCAAAAGGCGCAGAAAGAAGAAGAGAAGGCACAACUUUACCACGCCUACUAUGCUCCGGCGCAGCACAAGCCGCCUCCGGGAUACGUCAGGAUGACUGUGGACGAGUUCAACAAGCUCUUCAAGGACGCCGAAAUCCAGUUCAUCGGUUCCGAGUCAGACCUCAACAAGAAGUUGGCGGGCAAGGUCCCGUCUACCAAGCUUCAGCUUGCCCAGUCGGACAGCAAGGAGGAUUCCACGGUCAAGAUUGAAACGGUCGGCGAGGACAAGAAGACCAGCGUGAGGACAUCGGUGUCCGUGAGCACCAGCUCGAGUAGUAGUGACGGCGCUCACAACUUCCACUCCGUCAUUCAGCCCAGGGAGAACGCGGCCAGGGCCACUGGUGACGGUGGAGAGCCCACCGAACUGACCACGCACAGGUCGGAGAAGAGCUCGAGUAACAAGCCUGUUUCGGAAAACAGGGAUGGUGCCAAGGGUGCCCACAACCUAUUCGGAGCCAGGCUCAAGACUCCCAAGUCGGGUCUGCUGAAACAGGCGUCUUGA